UUAUUUGCCUCAAUAUCAUCACACAUACUCGCCACAACAAACCUGAUCUCUCUCUUUAGAAAAGAAAAAUACCAUUUCUCAUCUGUAUCUUUCUUCUUGAUUUCUUUCUCUCCACAUAAAGAUCAAAUCCUCUCUGUUCUCAUCUAGAUUCAUAAGAACAGAAUAAGUCAUGAUGAUGAGAAAAGAAGAUCUGGGUUUGAGCCUGAGCUUAGGACUUUCACAAGAUCACACACCUCUUCAGCUGACUCAGAACCCUAACUCGUCCAUAUCCAACAAUCUCCCUAGAUUUCCAUGGAACCAAACAUUCGCUUCUUCAUCAGAUCUUGGCAAAAUAGACGUGAACAGUAUUCCAACAACGGUGGAUUGCGAGGAGGAAGCAGGAGUGUCGUCUCCUAACAGUACGAUCUCGAGCACCAUAAGCGGCGGGAAGAGGAGUGAGAGAGAAGGAAUCUCCGACCACCACGAUGAUAUCACUCCGGAUAGAGGUUACUCGCGUGGAACCUCCGACGAAGAAGAAGACGGCGGUGAAACGUCGAGGAAGAAGCUCCGAUUAUCUAAAGAUCAGUCUGCUUUUCUUGAAGAGACUUUCAAAGAACACAACACUCUCAAUCCCAAACAGAAGCUAGCUUUGGCCAAGAAGCUGAACUUGACAGCAAGACAAGUGGAAGUCUGGUUUCAGAACAGAAGAGCUAGAACCAAAUUAAAGCAAACGGAGGUGGAUUGUGAAUACUUGAAACGGUGCGUAGAGAAACUAACGGAGGAGAAUAGGCGACUUCAGAAAGAGGCUAUGGAGCUUCGAACUCUCAAGCUGUCUCCACAGUUCUACGGCCAAAUGACUCCACCGACUACACUCAUCAUGUGUCCUUCGUGUGAGCGUGUGGCUGGGCCAUCACCAAACCAUCAACACAAUCAGCGACCCGUUCCAAUUAACCCGUGGGUUGCUUGUGCUGGUCAAGUGGCUCAUGGGCUGAAUUUUGAAGCCUUGCGUCCACGCUCGUGAGAGGAAGGAAGGGUGUUUUGUUAAUUUUGGUUGCUGUGUUGGUUUGGUGUUAAGCUGGCUGUGUGGGGGCAAUAUUGGAUGAUUGGCCUUAUUAAGUUUAAGUGCUAUAUGUAUGAUGUAACCCUCAUAAGUAAUAUAAAAUUAGCAAAAAUUAGUUACAAUAGUAACCAAAUAGUGAAGCUAUCUAGUUAAACUAGUUUGAUGUAAAUACACAAUUGAUCUUUCUAAACACCUUGGACUAGCUGAGAAGCUUAAUUACAAAUUUAGCAAAAUUAU